AUGCAUCAAGAACCCCAAGCUCCGAACACUCAUGACGCGCUACCAUCCGAAGAGCUUCGCAAGCAUAAGAGGGCUUUCUCUCGGGUGACCAACGAGCCCCUGUGGAGAUCAGCCGCAACCGUCGAUCCCCCACCAUCAGUGUCCCGAGCCCAAGUUGACGCGACGUGCAAUCGAACCGUCACACCCAGCUGCGUCAGAGCACUCUACAACGUCCCUGCGAACGUUCCUGUCAGCAAAGCCCGUGGUCUCGGUGUAUAUGCCUCUCAAAGUCAGGUCCCAAAAUUCGCAGACUUCGCCCUCUUCGCGAAGAAUAUCGACCCGCCGUCCACUGGGGUCAACUUCUCCUUCCUAAGCAUUAACGGUGGCGUCACCAGCCAGGAUCAGAAUCAGCUGUCGAACGCCGAACUAAACUUUGAUAUGCAGUACACUGCGUCUCUCUCGAACCCCGUACCAAAUAUUGUCACUGCCGUCGCUGGUGAUGGUCCCAUCAAGCUGGAGUUGGGAGGCCAGCCUGGGGAUACCACGGAGCCAUGGCUCAUCUGGCUCGAUGCCAUGCUCAAGCUUCCUGACGAUCAGCUCCCUCAUACUAUAACCACAAGCUUUGGCGAGAACGAACAAUCCCUGCCUGACGGCUACAUUCAGCAGAUUUGCAAUCAGUUCGGUGCCCUUGGUGCUCGAGGCGUCACCAUGUUCGCUGCUUCGGGAGACUCUGGGCCGGGAAACACUUGCGUGACCAACGACGGCACCGCCAGUACACGCUUCAAUCCAGUCUUCCCCGCUGUAUGCCCCUUUGUCACCGGCGUUGGCGGAACCAAGAACGUAGCUCCUGAACAAGCAUUCCCCUUCUCCAGCGGUGGAUUUUCGGACAAGUUCGCUAGGCCAGCGUACCAAGAUCAAGCUGUUCCUCCAUAUCUCAAAACAGUUGGCAACAACUUCCAGGGCCUCUUCAAUGCGUCGGGCAGAGGCUUCCCAGACGUGAGCGCCCAGAGCUUCAAUGCGACGUUCUUCACCGGUGGUCAGCUCGGCGGCUUCCAAGGAACAAGUGCCGCGGCACCGAUCUGGGCUGGCACAGUGGGUAUGGUAAAUGCGGCACUCAUCCAGGCCGGAAAGCCCCCGAUGGGAUUCAUCAAUCCAUGGCUGUAUGGCGCUGGACUUCAAGCCAUUAAUGACGUGAAGGUUGGUGCUUCCGUUGGAUGCACGGGGACGACUGCUUUUGGGAGUCAGCAGUUCCCGCCUCAAUUUGGGGCUAAACUUGUGCCAAACGCGUCUUGGCCCACUGCUCCGGGAUGGGACGCUGUCACGGGUUUGGGCACACCGGAUAUCGGCAAGAUGCUUGCGUUGAGAAUGGCAAUGUGA